AUGCCGAUGCCAAAGUCUUCUUAUAUGAGUGACGUCUGGAGGGACGGCAUAUUCGAUAACAAGGUUAUUUUCUGUACUGGCGGCGCUGGCACAAUAUGCAGUGCCCAGGUUCGUGCUAUGGUCCAUCUGGGUGCAAAUGCAUGCAUUGUUGGCCGCAAUGUUGAGAAGACGGAGAGUAUGGCCAAGGACAUUGCCACGGCUCGCAAGGGUUCUAAGGUGCUUGGAAUUGGAUCGGUCGAUGUUCGCAACUUUGAGAGUCUCAAGAAGGCUGUAGAUCGAUGUGUGGAGGAGCUGGGAGCUAUCGACUUUGUCAUUGCUGGAGCAGCAGGAAACUUCUUAGCAUCGAUCAAUCAGCUGUCUACCAAUGCUUUCAAAGCGGUGAUGGAUAUUGACGUGCUGGGCUCUUUCAACACAUUGAAAGCAACGAUACCUCAUCUGGUCGACUCGGCUGUGAAGCAUAAGUCAGAUGGAGCCGCUCCAUCACCAACCGGGACCGGUGGCAGGAUCAUCUUUGUCAGUGCCACUAUCCACUAUACCGGCAUGCCUAUGCAGACACAUGUUUCUGUUGCAAAGGCGGGUGUAGAUGCGCUAUCAAACAGUGUGGCCAUCGAAUUUGGUCCUGUAGGAGUGACGUCCAAUGUUAUCAGCCCUGGCCCAAUUGGGGAGACAGAGGGUAUGAAACGACUUGCUACGGAAGAUGCAAAGAAAACUACCGAGGCUGCCAUCCCGCUCGGCCGCUAUGGCUCUGUCAAAGAGAUUGCAGAUGCAACUGUCUACAUCUUCUCGGACUCGGGGAACUAUGUCAAUGCUUCUACCGUUGUUGUUGACGGGGGAGCGUGGCGCUUGCAGGCUGCUGGAAUAUCAGGCAGCGGUUUCUCCUAUCCUGACUUCCUCCUCUCUGGUAUGGAAGUCACAGGUGUCGCAGGGCAGAAGCAGAAGGCAAAGAUUUGA